UCGCGGGGCUUGAUCGCCUCUCCGGCCGCCAGAAGCGCCUCCUCUCAAAAGCCUCGCUAGAGCCUCCCGACGUUUUCAUUAUCUCCUGGAGCUACGACUGCACACUAUUGCAAACUUUUUUUUAACUCGCGACCCCAUGGAGCCAUAGAACUAACAGGGGAAACUGAGCCCUCACUAUUUCUAACAUCACGGUGUAUCAGCACUGCCCCUGGAUGGAGCUGGGUGACAACAGCUGGUCCAUGGUCAAGCGAGAAGUCAGCAGCCCCGGGUCCCCGCCGGCUGAGCACAGCUACCUGCACUCUCAGGACAGCAGGGGGGAGGCGCACCCCUCCUCCGAAGACCUGCGCUCCCCCGCCGCCCCGCAGCCGCCCAGCGAGCUGGACGUGGCGCUGGGACACCGGCACCGCUCCGAGGGCCGAUCACUACACUCCUACGUCCACUUCGGACACCACCACCACCACCACCACCACGCCAACGGCCUCGCCGCCUCGGAGGACCUCCCGCUGUUCACGGACUUAGACCAGGGCAACAAGUUGGUGCUGUCGGGCGGAGGGCCUAAGACGGGCCUGCUCGUGGACCCGGCCGACAUGUAUCAGACACUCGCCAUCGCGGCGGCCCAGAGCCAAACCGGAUACGACAUCUCCUCCAACGGUUACAUGCACUCCAACCCCAACUCCCCGGUGUACGUGCCCAGCUCCCGGGUGGGUCCCAUGAUCCCCAGCCUGUCGUACCUACAGGCCGGCGGCUCGAGUCAGCCGAGCCACGCCGUGGCCGGCCACUCUGUGUGGUCGCAGUCGACCCCCGAGAGCCCGUCGUACUCCACGGGGAGCCCGCACGCGUCCAAUCGGUUCCACUACUCCCCGAGUCCGCCCAUUAACAACGGCGUGUCCCGGGACAGCGGCUACGCCAACCCGCUGAACGUGGGCAGCCGGGACCAGUACGGCCUGUCCCGCGCCCUGCCCGGAUCCUACCCCAGCCCCUACUCGCACUACGUUGCCCCGCAGCCGUCCCAGCUGUCCUCCCCGUGGCCCGGGGGGCCCUUCGAUAACCCCAUGUUGCACACGCUGCAGAACAGGGGCUCCGCGACGUCUCUAAUACGAGGACCCAACGGAGAGAGUUUCGACGACAUGGGAGAAGGCCGGGAGUGUGUGAACUGCGGCUCCAUCUCCACGCCGCUAUGGAGACGUGACGGCACCGGACACUUUCUGUGCAACGCCUGCGGCCUGUACAGCAAGAUGAACGGCCUCAGCCGACCCUUAAUCAAACCACAGAAACGGAUGUCCUCCUCCCGGAGAAUCGGGCUUUCGUGCGCAAACUGCCAGACGAGCACGACCACCCUGUGGCGGAGGAACGCGGAUGGAGAGCCGGUGUGCAACGCCUGCGGACUAUACACCAAGUUACACGGCGUGCCUCGGCCCCUCGCCAUGAAGAAAGAAGGGAUACAGACGAGGAAAAGAAAACCCAAAACCUUGAAUAAAUCAAAGGGUUCAUCCUCCAAUAACAGCACGGUGCCCAUGACCCCCACCUCCACCUCCUCCUCCAACUCCGAGGACUGCUCCAAAAACAACUCGCCGUCCACGCAGGUGUCAGGGGUGAGCUCCUCAGUGCUGUCGGGCUCCAGUGAUGUGUCCCUCUCCGGGGUGAAGUACCCGGUCCAGGAGAGCCUGUACACCAGCGUGGGUCUGUCCGGGCCCUCCGACGUGGCCUCCUCCGUGAGAGGCGAGCCCUGGUGCCCCAUGGCCCUGGCUUGAGCCCCCCCCCCCCACCGUCUCUGCUGGGGGUCCGGGCAGGGGCAGCGAUAGGGUGGGAUGUUCGAGGGCAUCAAAAGCGUCGCGUGGAAGUGGAAGUAUUUGGGAGUCUCUCCUUCCCCCCUCCCCCCCCCCCCCCCCCCUGAUAAAGCCCAUAGCCCCCCAACACCUCCCGCCGACCUCUGGGCGGAGAAGAGAAAGGCGCAGGGGAGGGGUUGGUGGUCCUUCAUGGGUGACCUUCAAUCACACACCCGCCACCACCCAACCCUAUCAGCCCCCCUCCUCCUCCUCCUCCUCCUCCUCCUCCUCCUCCUCCUCCUCCUCCACCCGGGACUCAAGAGUGGAAUAUCUGGGGAUUGUAUUCGUCCAGAAUGUUGUGGAGAGCUGCGCUACGUCACGCGUGGGGCCCCUACGACGAUGUUUUUGGACAGAAGCCACGCAGGUGAUGCUGGUUCAACCCCGGGGACGUCCCGUGGACGGUUUCUGGACCUCUCCAUGUCUGAUCUAUCGUUCUUCUCUUCUGUGACGCAGAGUCAACUCCCAGUUCCGCAUCGAAAGACCACUUUGUGACUGUUCUUAUGGAUUUCCCACUCUGGAGAAGAAACCAAAACGAAACGAUGAAAAUGACCAAAAAUUUAAUUGGAUGGGAUGACCGGUGCUCAGAGAGGCAUGACACUAACCUCGAAGGAAAUUCAGAUUUUUAUUUUGUAUUUUAUUUUUCUGCAACUGGAAUCAAACUACAAAAAACCGAGACAACUUUCCAUGAAUCAAAGUAUUUAUAAAUCUUCCAUUGUUAAAUAUGUGGCAAUGAUUGUUAAUAAAGAUAUAAUUAUAGCGUAGAAGUAAAAAAAAAAAAACAGUUUGAAUGUCUUUUUUAUUUUUAUUUUUUUGAUGAGUGGUUAUUAGAACAAUCUUUUUUUUUAUCUGCCCAUUUACCGCUAAUAGCUCUUACGUUAUCUGGCUGAAACCAGUUUUGGUCUACACAGGGUAUUGAAGACUAGGGCAAUCAAUGUCAUUUCGUCUCGUUGUGUAAUUGUUUGCUGAAAAGAUCCGCUUAUGAAAUCUAGAAACGGUUUGAUAUUCAAACAUUGUGGACUCUUGGGAAAUAUGAAGGUACUUUUUCAAAUUUAUUAGUCGUCUGUUUGUAACUGGUGAAGGUGUAGAAGAGGAGGGGAGUAAAAAAACACAAACACACACACACACACACACACACACACACACACACACACACACACACACACACACACAGACACACACACACACACACACACACACACACACACACACACACACACACACACACACACACACACACACACACCAACAAACACAAACACACAAACACACAAAAACACAAACAAAAUCAGACUAACAUUAAUGCACCUAAAUCUUCUUCAUACCUGGGCAUUUUGUUACACUUAAUACUUGUAAUAGUGGACAGUAUUACACCAUUUAAGUGAAAACAAAUGCAAAGCUAACUCAUGUUCUGUUAUUUAGACUGUGUUUAUGCAGUGGAAACAGCUUUUUACAAUCAAAGAAUCAUCAGUCCAUACUGAUAGUAAACAUCUCAUGAAUAAUCCCCCACCCCCUCAUAAAAAAGAAAAAAAAGAAAAUAACCAAAGAUUACAGGCCUGUUGAUAACCAUGGAAACUCCCAAAAGCUGUUUGAAUGGCUGGUUUAGAGCAAAGUGACUGGCGGCCGAGGUAGGCCCAUAGCAAUAUGUGUGAAGGUUAAAUGUAUUGGGGCUGUAAUGUCAUGUGUUGGCUAGUCUGAAAUGGGAGGAGUGUUGCCUUUCGAAGAGCUGUUAUGAAACCGGUGUAUAGAAAUGCAUUUUACAAUUGUGUCAUCCAUAUAGGGCCCUGCCAUUUUCCUGGACUUAUUUAUUUGUAUUAAACAUAAGGUUUAUUUUAGCUUUGAA